AACAGCCUCUCAAGGCUAUGAACAUGGAUAGAAAAAAAAUUUAAGUUGGCGAAAUAUUUUUUUCAUUGCUUAGAUGGGUGGACAAGCUCAUGGCUCACCUGAUCUACGUCUACGUCUGCUUUCACGCACCUAAAAUUCUCCGCCAUUGUUGUGCUCGGGUAAUUUGCAAUAUUGUGUUUAGUGUAAAAUGAAAUAAACAAAAGGCAAUAAAAUUUAAUAGUGAAGUAUUAAACAAGGAUGAGUUCAUCAGACAGUUCUUAUUCAAUUAGUAGUAGUUUAUUUAAAAAUUAAAAAACAGUUAAAUUGUUUAUUUACGAGUAUGGGGGGCUCUGCCCCCCCCCCCCCUACACCCUGCCAGGGCUUCGCCCCUGGACCUCACCGGGGCUUUGCCCCUGGAUGCCCACUAUGUACUAUUAAAUGCCCAGCGAAGCGGACGGGUACAGCCAGUUGCUUAUAAGUCUGUGGUCAAAUUGAGAAUAGAUUAAUCAUGGUUUGUUUUUAUUAAUAUUUCCGUUUAAACUGUAGUCUUUCGAAAUCUGUGAUUAUAAAAGUAUAAUAGUCUUUGACAAUAGAAUCAUAGCAGUGUACAAACUUAUAAUUUCAAUUUAAUUAUAGUCGAAUUUCGACUACCGGGGGAUCACUAGUACAAUAAUUUAAAAUCGCUUUACCCUAAACUCUAGUGUCGUAUAUAAAAACAAGAGGCAGCAUCCGACGACACGUCAUUCGACAACAGACAGCCAUCGGUCGAGUGUAAAUUAAUUAUAUAAGAAAAAUAAAUAAACAUUUAAUUUCCAAAGCAAUUAAUUUGCGAGAGAAAAAUAUAAAAGUCAUCAUAAAUUAUUAUCGCCAUUGUUAUAAUGGCUACGUUUGUUAACUAAUGCGGUGAGUACUUAAAGGUGAAUCGUUUUAAUAAGAAAGCCGUACAGUUUUUGUUAUUUUGGGGAUGGUUUAACGAAAAAUUUGAAGAUCUUCCACCGAGUUGAAGAUAUUGUUCGGUAGACCAUUGGUGCGGACAUUUUUUUCCCUACCUAUGCUGAUAGCCUUGAGAGGCUAUUUCAGCUUCUUGACGUGUAACACGGGGCUCAUACCUAACGACGUUGCUAACACGAACCCUAUCAAGAGCCGUGCUUCGCAGAAUCUACCUACGGAUCGGAAACGCGACCCGCUGAGAAGAUCCGGCGAGAAACUCAGUGGGGCUGUGUCUGGCGUCUUAUCUUUUGAACCGCGAUGUUUUCUUCGAAGUUUCUUUAUAAAUACGUAUUCACACGUCGUCUCUCAUUCCCCAGGAUAAUACAGACAUUUAUCGGACCCCGAUAAUGGAAGCGAAACAAAACAAUCUCGCACCGACCUUAGAGGAGGAAGCACAGUUCGAAAAACUUAUAGCGCCACAAGCUUCAGAUAGAAAACACGAGAUAAUCUACGCGAAUCUCAUAACAUUUGCUUACGGGCAUAUAUCUGCACUGUACGGCUUAUAUCUUUGCUUCAGUAGUGCGAAAUGGGCGACGAUAAUUAUGGCCUACGUCAUAUUGAUAGCGGCAGAGGUCGGAGUGACGGCAGGCGCCCAUCGACUCUGGACCCACCGGGCGUACAAAGCCAAGAGGCCACUGCAGAUCAUACUAAUGGUAAUGAACUCGUUCGCCUUCCAAAACUCGGCCAUCACUUGGAUCCGGGACCAUCGGAUGCACCACAGAUACAGCGACACGGACGCCGACCCUCACAACGCUACCAGAGGCUUCUUCUACUCGCACAUAGGAUGGUUGCUGGUCAGGAAACAUCCGGAGGUGAAGAGGAGGGGCAAAACAAUUGAUAUGUCGGACAUUUACAGUAAUCCUGUUUUGGUCUUCCAAAAGAAAUACGCGAUACCAUUCAUAGGAGCUGUUUGCUUUGUUAUACCGACUCUCGUACCCAUCUACUUCUGGGGUGAGACGCUGACCAACGCCUGGCACAUCACCUUGCUGCGAUAUAUCAUCAGCCUUCACGUGACCUUCUUGGUGAACAGCGCCGCUCACCUCUGGGGAACGAGGGCUUACGACAAACGAAUUUUCCCAGCGCAGAACCUGAUCGUAUCCCUGCUGGCGGUCGGUGAGGGAUUCCACAACUACCACCACGUUUUCCCGUGGGACUACCGCACGGCAGAACUGGGGAACAACUAUUUGAACUUGACCACGAAAUUCAUUGAUUUCUUCGCGUGGCUAGGGUGGGCCUACGAUCUGAAAUCGGUGCCGGAUAGUGCGGUCCAAAGCAGAGCCGCUAGGACUGGUGACGGUACGAACUCGUGGGGUUGGCCAGAGGAGGACGCAAAUGAAGACAUUCUUAAGCAAACUCCACCUUUAUAGAUGGCUAUUUGUCAUUAAAUUAUGUUCAUUGA